AAAUUAUCGCGGAGUUUGACCGCAAAAUUGAUCUAGGCGACCGACGACCACGAGGCCAUCAUUUUUUUUCACCCUUUUCAAUUGUUUUUGGUCAAUAAGAAAAUUUUCGGAUCGGGUCAUCGCCCCCUUGUACCCUCUGCCCACCCAAUUAUCAUUUUAUAGCCGCAGCACACUCCUUAUCUCCCUUCAACCACCAAAUGCCACCAAAACGUUCGACCGCUGCGACAGCCCAGAUGUCCAGAGCUGAUCAAGUUCGCAAUCUAUGGACAGGAUUCGAAGCAUGGCACGCAGAACAGUUGGCACUACUAGACGAGCGGAUUCAGAAAGCAUUACAGGAGAUCGACCAGAGUAAUAGGAAACCUUCCGGAGGAGGGGGAAAGAAGAAAAACAAGGGCAAGGACAAGGACAAGGACAGGGAGAAAGACCAGCAGGAGAUGGAAAAAAAGAAAGCAGAGGCAAGGAAAGAGCUAGAAAAGUCGUUGGACGGAGAUAGAGUUCGGGAGGAAUGGCAGAGCAGGUUGGCAAAAGCAGGACUUUUUGACCACGACUGGGACAAUAUGACCGAGACCGAGCAGAAGAAGGUUGAGAAGGUUUUGGCCGUCGAUUUGGAGGAAGGGGAUGUCGCCAUAAUCGAGGCCGCACCGCCACCUCCAAUACCACCACCAACAUCUCUUCAACGAAUUUCGCCACCGUCAGCCUUGGCUGGCAGCUCUCGCGAGGUCGAUAGUUAUGCUCUCGUCGACCCGACAACUUUCAACACAGAACCCGUUGAGGGAGGCGACGGGACGUUUGACAAUUGGCUUGAAGUGCGCCAGCGAAUCAAAAGCGAUGAUGAGGUUAGUCUUGACGCGUCAACAACCUCUUCGUGGGGAGGAGGAAACGACGUUCCCGCAUACCUAGCGUGGUCCUCGGAAUUGUCCAGGUCGUCUGCUCAAAGUUCACAAACUUCAUUGAGCGGGUCACCCGAGCGAUUGAUGUCGAAAUUACCCAGCUCUUCGGAGCCAUUCCAUUCCAAUCUAGUUUCGUCGGCCGUUAAUCGUUUAGCCCUAUUCGCUGAAGAUGGCACUUUGACUGCUAAACGGCCAGUUGAUACUGCGCAUUCAGAUCCUGUCACAUUCUCCUCCAGAAGUUUCGAUCACACCAUGCGUGUUCAGCAGCCAGCAGCAGCAGGGUCUUCUUUUUCCUCUGCCAAGCGCUCAAAAUCCAAGUCACGACAGCGGUACAUUGGGCCCGAGCUGGUUCACCGAGACGACGAAGAAAGCAUCGAAGCCGAGCAGUUUAAAGAGUUUAAACGGUUAGCUCGUGCACAGAAGAUCCGUGAAUUCCACGACGAGGCAGCACAAGCAGACAUAGACCUUGCUGUAGCUAUAGAUGAAGCCAUUCAGAACGGGACUGAGUCUAGGGAAGAGACGGCGAAGCUACUCGAAGAGCAUGACCAGGCGAUGCUCCAGUUACGACAGAGGAAGGAGGAAGAUCGGAAAGGAAUCGUCGAAAAUGAACGACAGAGGCGGUUGUCGGAGUUCCGGCAACGGAACAAGCACAACAAACUCGUCACUCACCUUCCACCGCCCACUAUCUCUCCCCAGGACGCAGCCUCACUUAGUGAGAUCGGAUUUGACCAAAGGAUCCUGACCGAGAAAUUCUUGAGGGAACUUCAGUACGGUCCAGAGGUCUCAUCAUUGACCGAUCCGGUGACCACGACCGCCUCCGCCAAUGCUGCUGUUUCGGAUACACCUACCAUUCGCUCUCAGCUUCCCCGCAUGCGAUUACCCAACCUUCAGGAAUGGCUCACCGGUGCCGCUAGUAAUGAAAGUGGCACUGACACGCCUACUCCCACCAUCCUAUCUUCGGGCUGGCAGUUCAAGGAUGCCCCUGUUCCCGCCAACCCUAUUCUUACCGAUGCGCCCUCCUUCAAACGUUUGCCGUCAGGGUUAGCUAAGUCCAUCGCCGUAGAUUCCACCAACUCGUUGUCCAAUCAGUCGUUGUCUGAGCCCGAUUCCUCUUCUACUGCUGAGAAGACGGAUGGUUCCAAAUCCGCUACGUCAUCCUCCAAGGCAACUAAAGGUCAGGCCGCCGCCGCCACGGGCAAAGCGGAAUCCAACGCCAAGAAAAAAGGCAGCAAAAACCAGCAGCCCGUGGUGGCCCCAACAGAAGGUGUUUCCAGCUCGUCGAAGGCGAAGCUUGAGCAGAUUCCACAGGCCAAGGAAACCCAAUCUACUCUUCCUACCUCCAAAAAUGAGCUAUCCUCCAAAGCAAGUGGCACAGGAAAGUUACCAUUGCCGACGUUUUCGAAAUCCUCCCUCCCUCCUCCACCAAUCCCACUCGCUACGAGGCCUGAUAUCCCUGCUACACCUGCCCCACUGUGGAAUAACAACACUCUCAGUACUCAUAACUCCAAUAGAAGCACCCAGCAACUCACACACCUAGGUUCUUCUCAUCUCCAGGUUCCACUGUCUUCGGCUACUGCUACUGUUGAAAACCAUCAACGAUGGGUCCCACCAGCCAUUACUACCGCACCGGGAUCGGGAUCGGAGGAAAACCGACCGCAGGUGUCGAGAAUAGCAACAGAAACUCCUUCGAAAAUCAAAAAGUCGAACAGUUCCCAACCCCAGUCGACGAUCAUGCAGACGGCGCCUUCCACAGAAGUAGAGUCUUCUUCCAAACGGUCGAGGAGGCUGUCAGAUCCGGUUGCUCCCAGUCCUAGAAGCUUCGAUUAUCCAAACGGUAAAGCACCUGCUGCUGCGAAAGCACAAGUGCCUGUAAAACCCAACAACGAUGUCCCUUCUCCUGGUAUCUUAAAGAAGACCACGUCGUCAACUAAGGCGGCAGGGACAGCAAAAGGGUCGUCAUCGAAAGUCAAGAGAGUAACAAUCGAAGAUGUAAACGAUGAACAAGAGGAAGUUGAAGAGAAGGACCCCCUACCGUCGGAUUCGCGAUACAUCAUGGAGCCGAAACCGGUUGUUGCGCAAGGGAUGUUUUCGCAGAUAUUCCAGUUUGGUGAGGAGGAAGGACGAGGGAAACAGGCCGAGGUGAAACCGGCUGUCCAACCACCUCCCGCGCCUCAGCAGGUUCGGAAACAAGAGUCGGAGGGUUCUUCGUCUUCUUCGUCUUCUUCGUCAUCUGCUGGUGCAAGGUCGAAUCAGAUGUGGAUCCCACCACAGGCGUCCAUGACGGAGGGGAAGGGAAAGACAACGAGUAGCAGUAAACCCUCUGCCUCUCGUAUGCCAGGCCAUUUCGAAGACGCUAUCGUGCCAGUCUCAGCUGCCUCAGGUUCAGGUGAUAAACACGUCCGGUGGACGGCGAACAAUACGGUGAUUGAGGAUGAGGGUGGGGAAUGGUUCUUAUCGGGUUUGAGUGACCUUCAAAAACUCGUUGAGCAGCAGGAGAGAGGGGCGAAGAAGUCGACGAGCAAGGGAAAUGAGUAUGAGGGGCCAGGGUGGCAGAGGGCGGAGGUAGAGAGAGGGGUGGGGAUCGGUGAUGUCAAUAAACGUGUUCUUCCAAGUGGAAGUGGAAGUGGAAGUGGAAGCGGGGUGGGGAGGACUGCCGGUGCUGGUGCUGGUGCUGGUGCUGGUGCUGGAAGCCACCACCAGAAUGGACAUGGCCAUGGUCUGUUUUGGAACCCAGGACCAAAGGCUGGGGCGGCUCCUACUACGCAUACACAUAGAAAGCCGUUGGUUAUGUCGUGAUUUCGUUAUUCGUGAUUCUGCAUACAUUUUUAUUUUAUUUUCCCUGCUUUUUUAUUUUUUCCCAUCUUGACUUAUUCUCCCUCGCCUAUUCCUAUGUUACGAUAUGUAUGAUUUUGCUUUGAUGUGUUGUCGCUGUCGUUGUCGUUUGUUAUCUUGAACAUUAGAAUUGUUGAUCCACUCUUUUACUUUUUGUCUUCUGCAACAGUGUUUGCGUGGAAAGCUAGGG